UUCAAGUUGGAAAGUCAGCUGUUGUGUUAUAAAAUCGGCGAAUUAGUUGUUGAAAAAUACCUGUUAAUAAUAAAAGUAGUAAAAUUAUUAACAUCUAUAUAAAUCAGACCUUAUCACUCGCUUCAAAAAUGUGGCCAAUAAUAAUGCAGUUCCUUAGAACAAACGCUCCAUACUUCACAUUACCAGUAGCGGCUGUGGUCGGUGUCAUAGGAUACAACUUGGAAAGUUUAUUAUCAGACAGAUACACACCUUAUAACAAACCAGUACAAGACCAAAGAGUAGAACGGCUAAUAGAUGAAGAGGUGCUAAGCGACCCUACCAAUGUUCAGAAACUAAGAUACAAAGAGAAUGUACUCGGGAGAAAUGUGUCACCGUCUCUAGAAAACAAAUAAAUUGGUCUAGUCAGUAUGAAUACUAUAUUUAAAAUUAAUAUUGAUUAUAAUUAUUAUGUAGGUGAUUUGAGUUGGGUAUUUUAUAUUAAUUUUGAUAAUACUUGGCUUAGUUGGAGAAUGAUGUAAAAUGUUUAUAAUUACACUACAAAGAUAAGACCUAUUGUGCAAAUGAAACUGCAUAGUUUAAUUGUAGC